CUUACGGACUAGAGGGGCGCCGGCGGCGGGGAUCUAGGUUGAGGCGAGGCCAUGUCGGACCUGGGCUCGGAGGAGUUGGAGGAGGAGGGAGAAGCUGAUCUUGGGGAAUAUGAGGGGGAACGGAACGAGGCAGGUGAAAGGCACGGCCACGGGAGAGCCAGGCUGCCCAAUGGGGACACCUACGAGGGGAGCUAUGAACACGGAAAAAGACACGGCCAGGGGAUCUACAAAUUUAAAAAUGGUGCUCGAUACAUCGGAGAAUACAUUAAAAAUAAAAAGCAUGGUCAAGGCACUUUUAUAUACCCAGAUGGAUCAAAAUACGAAGGGGAGUGGGUGGACGACCUGAGGCACGGCCACGGCGUCUACUACUAUGUCAACAACGACACCUACACCGGAGAGUGGUUCGCCCACCAAAGGCACGGGCAAGGCACCUAUCUCUACGCGGAGACCGGCAGCAAGUACGUGGGGACCUGGGUGAACGGACAGCAGGAGGGCUCGGCCGAGCUCAUUCACCUGAACCACAGGUACCAGGGCAAGUACUUGAACAAAAACCCUAUGGGCCCCGGGAAGUAUGUGUUUGACAUUGGAUGUGAGCAGCACGGGGAGUAUCGGGUCACAGAUGUGGAAAGAGUGGAAGAGGAAGAGGAGGAGGAGUCGUUAAUAACUGCCCUUCCGAAGUGGAAAGCUACCAAAAUCACCGAGUUGGCCUUGUGGACACCGACCCUCGCUGAAGAGCCGCCGCCUGCGGAUGUGCCUGGCCAGGAGGAGCCCCUGGCAGCCGAGGCCCGGGGGGAGUCUGGGGAGGAUGCCCAGCCUCCGGCGGAUCUCUCAGAUGCGGAGGCCGAUUUCCUGAGGCCCGGAGAGGAAGACGCCGAUAACUUCAGGGAGGAGAGCGGCGAGUACGGCCGGGAGGAGUUCCGCUUCGACAACAUAGACCAGCAGGGAAAUGUGGGUUUCGAAGAGGAUGACCCUAGGCAAACCGAUGCUCCAGACUAAGAUGGGCCCAAAGUGAGGGGCCUGUGCCACCGAACGCCUGGCGCUCGGGGAGUUAACACCCACCAGUUACUAAUCUUUCGUAUUUAGUUGUUUGUGAAAACGGUUUACAAUUGCAAAUAAAUUUUUCAUUCUCCUUUGUUG